CCGUAACCGCCGCCAAAAACGUGACCUCGGUCAUGCCCGUGGAUAAGGUACACACAAUGGCUGAUGCUGAGCCAGGAAAGCCAGACUUCCUGCAGUGUUGUCUAGUGUGCAACACCGAGGUGAAGCAACUCGACAGGCCCCAGCGCCGCCUGGAUGGCAUUGAGUGCCGUGAGUUCCUCGCCAGCCUUAUCUGCCCGGCGGCGCGCGACGAACUGGCCACGAUCGACCUCAUCUGUGACAAGUGUCUGGCCAUUGUUGAGCAGUGGAACUCGGCGCGGCACACGCUGAAGAAGCUGCAGAGCACCAUCACGACUAAGUACAGGGCGUCUCGGCAGCGGCGUAACGUCUCAGUGCUGAGCCUCCACAUGGACAGGAUGGUGGUGCAGAUGCCAUAUACUGUGUUCCUGAUGAACGCCAAGGGCUUCAGCAGCGCCUGGCCGGAGCUGGUGCAGCAGGUGGCGGCUGCCGUACUGGAAAGCGCCGGCAUCGCCCCACGACCGCGUUCCGGCGUGGCGCCGUCGCCGCCGCCGCCUCCGCCGCUUCCACCGCCACGGCGGCGCGUUGGCUUCGAGGGUCUGAAGGAGCAGGCGGCUCGCGCCCGCGACCUGGAGGAGACGCUGUCGAUCCUGUCCGUGGCGGACACGGCCAGCCUGCUGGACCGCACCGAGACGCUCUCUGUGUUCUCCGACACGGCUGACCUCAGUACGCUGGCCGACGACAACUGGACGUCGCUGGAGCUGGCGCCGUCUGUGUCGUUCGCCGAGCCGUCGGCUGGGGACAGGAUGCCCGGCCGGAAGACCGCCGACAAAGGCGAGGAUCUCCUGCGCGAGUUCGCCGAGACCAUGUCCAACAUCUCGGAGGGCGUGCCCCGCGACGCCGCCGGCAAGCUGCGCUGCGCCGAAUGCGGCCGCCCGUUCUCGCGGCGGAGCACGCUGCGGGAGCACGAGCGGCUGCACCGAGGCGGCGGGCACCCGUGCACCGUCUGCGGGAAGGCGUUUCCGUCGAAGAGCGACCUGGCGCGGCACGCUGACAGCCACCGCAGCGAGAAGCUCUAUAAGUGCGCCGACUGCGGCAAGGCGUUCCAGGUGUCGUCGUCGCUGGCGCGGCACCGCACGCUGCACACGGACCGCGCUGCCACGUGCGAGCUGUGCGGCAAGCUCUUCGAUCGCAAGGACACCAUGCUCAAACACCGCGAGACGCACAAGACUAACAACGAGCACGGGUGCGCGCUUUGUGGCAAGAUGUACAAGCAGCGCCGCAUCCUGGCGAAGCAUAUGCGGCUGAUCCACGGUGGGCCAGGGGCGCACGUCUGUGAAGUGUGUCAGAAGCAGUUCAAAACCAACUACGACAUGCUGGGGCACGUCCGACGCAUGCACGCUAAAGCGGAGUCCAACGCCGACUGAGGCGGCAGCGACGGCCGUGCCCUGCGGCUGCCGCGAUGUAUCAGACCGUGGCCGAGAAUUGUGUGGGAUGCCAUCGGACGUUCAACUGUGGACAGCUAUUGGCUCCUGUCGCCGGGACGUGAUGUGCAAGACAUUGCUACUCCCUCCCAAGCGAUGGAACUUUGUAUCUUUUUUUUGGGGGGGGCAUGCCUCUCAAUGUUGGUGCGAGCCCUGCAAAGUUGGACUGGGCCAUGCAAUGGCAGAUUGGGCUCCCGCAAUAUGGGGCAUGGGCUCUACAAGGGAAGACCCAGCCACAGUGGUCGUUCUUUGAAAUAAAGGUGAAAUAAAUAAAGGC